CAAUCCAAAAAGUCACAAAAAAAUAAAAUUUUACAGUUAUGAUCAAGAAUUUAUAAAAUUUUCAAGACAAUUCCAAAACAGUCAAUACCUUAAAAAAUGGAGUCGCCGCAAAGGAACUCAAAAAUCAAUUCAAACCGUGAAAAUGAGUGCAGAUUCUGCCUUAAAGCCACAAAAACAAGAAUAAAUUUAACAAAAAUAUUAAAGAAAAAAUUUCUGGAACUGACACAAACGGAACUGCAGCUUUGUGAUAAACUGUCGAACUUUAUCUGCUCAAAAUGUGCAAAACAAUUCAAAAGUGCUCAUUCGUACCGAGAAAAACUGAUCCAAACGCAAAAUAAUUUAUUGGAGGAAGUUGCACAAAAUUUCAUGCCGGAAUUGAUAAAUUUGAAGCAGGAAAAAAUUGAAAUUGAAGAGUUUGAGGAAGUUGAUGGACUUGACAGCAGAACUGAAGUUAAACAGGAGCUUGAAGACACAAAGGAACUUGAUUUAGAUGAUAAUUUAUUUGAAGACUAUGAAGCGUUAAGUUUUGAUGACUCAGUGACUGUUGAGGAUGAAGUAAAGGAAAAAGAUCAGGAGGAAAAGGCUAGUGACUUCAAAUGUGAGCAUAUAGGAUGUGAGGAAGUGCUACCAAAUAAGACUAAAUUAAAGAUCCACAUGAAGAAGCAUAAGCCACCAAGAAGAAAAGAUAAGUCAGCAAUGUGUUCUUAUUGUGGAGUCAAGCUGUGUUCGAAGUGGAGUUUGCAUAAGCAUGUAGCUAGCGUUCAUUUAAAGGCUCAAAACUACUUCUGUGACAUUUGUGGCUAUGUAGCAGCUAUCAGGUGUCUUAUACGAAGCCAUAUUAAGACUCAUUUGGAUAUCAGCGAGAGAAAGAUGUAUAAAUGUAAAUCAUGUGAGUUCCAGUCAAUGUCACUAGCAUCUCUAAAACGACACGAGCUGAAUGAGCAUGAAGGAAUGACAUUUGCAUGCCACUGUGGGAAGAUCUUUCGCUAUCAGGCUGCCUUACAAGCUCACGUCAAAGUUGUUCAUCUGAAGCUCAAAAACCAUGCAUGUGAUUGUGGAAAGAAGUUCUACAGUCGAGUAGAUUUAAAUGACCAUCAAAUUGUUUCCCACGGCAAAAGUACACCUCUUGAAUUCUCCUGUGAUCAAUGCGACAAACGUUUCCCAACAAGAAAGCAGCUGAUGAGACACAAGCCUUACCACACAGAAGCCAAAUUCACUUGUACCUACCAUGGAUGUGAUAAAUCUUACAUAACGGAACAAAAAUUAGCUAGACAUAUGAAGACCCACGUUGGUGAGAGAGACCUGCAAUGUCAUUUGUGUGACAAGGCUUACUUUUUCACUAAAGAUCUUCAGAGGCAUCUGGAUGUGGCUCAUAAACAGACAACAUUCUUCUGCGAGCUCUGUGCCUUUACCAAUAACCGCAAAGACUACCUUAGCAAUCAUAUUAAGGCAUCGCAUGGUCACAUAAGUCAACAAGAACGGAAUAAAAUGGUUGCACGAGCGAAAUUUGUUAGGAAUUCUAUCUAGGAAGUAGAUCAUUAGACCUUGCUGGAUAUGAACAUUUUCGGUUGUUUUGGAUAACCUAAAUUUUACCUGUUUUCAUAAUAA